UCUCUAUCAACCACUAUUUCAAACCCUCAUUUUCAGAACUUUGGAAAAAAAAAAAAGUGGCUAAAAUAUCCCGAAAAAAGUGACAAGAAAUGGAAGAUGGUAUUAGUGAUAUUGCAAACUUUGGCUUCUCCAACUCUAGAGGUCAAGAAGUGGAAGAAGAAAACCAAGAAAAUGUUGGAGAAAUCAGCGAAGAGAGUAAAGGUGAGAAAGGAAAAGAAGAAGGUGGUGGGAUUAUUAAUCAUAUAAUUUCCAACUUAAUGAGUCCUAGAGCAGGUGAAGCUAGAAACAAAGAAAGAAAUGAUCUUUUUGAUGUUAAAGAUGAGAAUAAGAAGGAAGAUACAGCUUCUAAAGUAGAGGAGAAAAGUGGUAAUGAAAGUGGAGGUGGAGGGAUAAUCAACAAUUUGAUCUCAAAUAUUUUUCAUCCAACUGAAAGUUCUGUGGAGAACCAAGAAAACAACAGUACUGGACAAGGACAAAAAGAUGAGAUGAAGAAAACAGAAGAAGAAAGUGGAAGUGUUUUGGACAAUAUUGUUUCCCACUUGCCAACUCCUCUUCCAGAUGAUGCAGUUCCAGCAACGGAUGAGGCUUCAAUACUGAUUCAUUCAAUUGUUCAUGACUAGCUAGGAGAUGAUGUGUUUUCUUUGUAGAAAAAAAAAAGAAAAGAAAAGGAAAGAAAAAAAAAGGGAAAUCGGGGGCAAAAAUCAUCCCGCGUUAGCAGGGUCUUUCUUUGUAUUUAGUUUAAAUAGCUAAAAACAGAACGGUGUUGAAGAUCAUUCACUCAAGUGUUCAAUUACAUUUUUUUCAGAGAAGAAUGUGGUGUAUAUACGUUGUUGCUUUGUGUAAGUUUGGAGAUCUGUAAUCUCAUUGAUA